AGAAAUUAGAGAUAGAGUACAUUUAUAGAGAAAGAGAAGAUAGAAAUAGAGGUAUAGAGAGAAGAUACAGAUAGAGAAAACAGAGAUAAACAAGGGAGAGAGAGUGUGUGUGACACAGAGAAGGACUCCAUAAACUGGUAUUUCACCAGCUAAGGGGUGCUUUGUAUUUCCCAUCUUGGAGAAUCUGUUACAGGAAAUCCUUGCAGUACAACAUGGCACAAAGGAAUGGAGUAUCUCCCCAAGACUUGGUCCAGGAGCAGAAGAAAAAUCCAUUUAAGAAGGCAAAAUGGAUGAUGUUCCGAGGUCCCCCUCACCAAACUGUACCAUCUUCAAAGAGCAACAAUGCUCAAGAGCUGGACCUCAAAGGCCAGGAGGACAGCAUUCCUGCCAGGCCAAAAACAGAGGGAAAGGAUAUUGGGGGCCCAUCCUGGGUGAAGAGUUUAGCUUUCGCCAUUCCUCCUAUGACCCUGGCAGUUCCUUUAAUCAUGGUGGAACCAUUCCCUCCUGUUUCCCCCAAAAGUCACCGGAAAGCCACCCCAGUUUGUCCUGGCCAAACAACUGAUGCUGCUCUGAAGAAGACAUCAAAAGUCCAUUCCAUGCUGGCCACAGAGCACAAGACAUCCUCCGAGACUGGGCUUGAACCCUCUUCCGAAGGGCCCCAGGGGGAAGCUUCUGAAGCCAAACUAGCCACCCCAGUCUGGGCCAUAAAAGCAGUCAGUGCUCCAUGGAAGCGGAAGGCCAAAGUAUACCCGGCAUUGCCCACUGAGUCCAAAAUGUCCCCCAGAGUUCUCUCGGAACCCUCCUUCAAUUGGGCCCAGGGAGAAGGUCCUCCACCCCAAGAAGACAGCCCAGUAUGUGCCAAAAAAGGAGUCGGUGCUCCUUGGAAGAGGCCUACCAAGGUAUCCCCAGCACUGCCCACUGAGUCCAAAAUAUCUUCCAGAGUUCUUUCCGAACCUUCUUUCAAUUGGGCUCAGGGAGAAGGUCCUCCACCCCAAGAAGCCAGCCCAGUCUGUGCCACCAAAGAAGUCAGUGCUCCUUGGAAGAGGACUGCCAAGGUAUCCCCGGCACUGCCCACUGAGUCCAAGAUAUGCUCCAGAGUUCUCUCUGAACCUUCUUUCAAUUGGGCCCAGGGAGAAGGUCCUCCACCCCAAGAAGCCAGCCCAGUAUGUACCAAAAAAGGAGUCAGUGAUCCUUGGAAGAGGCCUACCAAGGUAUCCCCAGCACUGCCCACUGAGUCCAAGACAUCCGCCAGAGUUAUCUCCAAACCUCCUUUCUAUUGGGCCCAAGGAGAAGGUCCUCCACCAAAACAAGACAGCCCAGUCUGCCAUCAAAGAAGUCAGUGCUCCUUGGAAGAGGACCGCCAAGGUAUCUCCGGCACUGCCCACUGAGUUCAAAACGUCCCCCAGAGUUCUCUCCGAACCUUCUUUCAACUGGGCUCAGGGAGAAGGUCCUCCACCCCAAGAAGCCAGCCCAGUCUGUGCCACCAAAGAAGUCAGUGCUCCUCUGAAGAGGACCACCAAGGUAUCCCCAGCGCUGCCCACUGAGUCCAAGACGUCCCCAAGAGUUCUCUCCGAACUUUCUUUCAAUUGGGCCCAGGGAGAAGGUCCUCCACCCCAAGAAGCCAGCCCAGUCUGUGCCACCAGUCAGUGCUCCUCGGAAGAGGACCGCCAAGGUAUCCCCGGCGCUGCUGCCCACUGAGUCCACCCCAGCAUUCUCUUUGAACCUUCUUUCAAUUGGGCCCAAGGAGAAGGUCCUCCACCCCAAGAAGCCAGCCCAGGAUUUGCCAUCAAAAAAUCGAUGCUCCUCUUAAGAAGACCACCAAAGUAUCUGCAGCUCUCCUCAGUGAGUCCAGGACCCCCCCCCCCGAGUUCUCUCUGAAUCCUCCUCUAAUUUGCCCCAGGGAGAAGCUUCUGCAGUCCAAGAAGCCAGUCCAGCCUGUGCCAUUAAAGGAGUCAGUGCUCCUCAGAAUAAUACUGACGAAAUAUCCCUGGUGCUGCCCACAGAGUCCAAGACAUCCCCCAGAAUUCUUGCUGAACCCUCCUUCAGCUGGGGCCAGGGAGAAGGUCCUCCACCUCAAGAAGUUACUGCAGGCUUUACUGCCAAAGCCAGUGGUCCCUGGAAGAGAACCAGGAAAUUAGAGCCAGCCUUGGCCCCCCAGUCAAAACCUUCUCCACCAACAGUCCGCAAGCACUCCUCCAAAAUGCCUAAGGAAAAAGGUUGGGGACAAAAAAUCCAUUUUGGUCCUUUUUUAAACAUUUCCGCUCCGGCAGUGUCUAGGCAGGUGUCCGAGCUCUCCCAAUUUCCCCCACAAAGGGAACAAAUUUGUAACUUAGGGAGAUUACAACAUAAAUAUCAAAGACUCGGGUUAUCACAGGGGGUCCUUUACACAACCCAAUAGACUGUGAAAGAAGUCACCGGGCUGUGGAUGAAGCUCUCGAAAGUGGAAACACCUCCAGACUAAAUCUACAGUAACAAGAAGUCAGGACCCCAGCCCACCUAGGAGUGGCUGGAGCCUCAGCAGGAACCACAAAGACCUUCCUCUCUUAGACUCUAUUAUCAAGAGUUCUGGAGGCCUGAGUGAAGCUGGAUUGACUAGGAUGACAGCCAAGUCCAGGUGUGCCACUGAGAACCUGAGGAUGUGUCCCUGGUGAGGAACCAGCCCCCAAUGGGUACAGGGCCAGUGGAUCCAGGCACUUCUGGCUACUGGUACUUGCCGGCUAGGGGAGUUCCUGCCUGGGGGUUCGGGUCAGAGUCAUUGGACUUCCUAAUCAGAGGGCAAUGUUGAAGGGAAGCUUUAGGACCAUUCUGCCCUAUUAACACUCAUUGCUCUUUUAAAGAAACAAACCUGCAAUGAACCACCCUAUCUUUGAAAUAUAUUAUAAGAACAGGAAAAAUGAGAAUUCCAUCUUCAGAGGUGGAUACUUAAGUGUAAACUAAUGGGCAACGCCUGCAAAACCAAAGAAUGUGCACAACUCAAAAAAAUUUAAAAAUCAGAAGACAAAUCAGAAAAACUUAAACCAAAAUCAAAAUUGAAAAAAAAAGAAAACCAAAUUGCAAAGGAGGAAAGGAGUCUCCAGAUGAAAUUAAGUCUUCGCAAAAAUGAAGAUUGGUUUUGGGAAACCAUUGAAGAAUAACCAAGAAAUUACAAUAGAGAUUGUAAAUAUUGAAAACAAUUUGAACAAAAUGAAACAUAACUGAAAAGAUAAAUCUGGAUAACAGAUUAGGAAUAGAUAAUGGAAGUAAUGGACUACCUGAACAUUUUGACCAAAAAGGGAAUCUUAACACAAUAAUGGAAGAAAUAUUUUGGAAAUAUUAUCUGGAAUGACAGGACAUGUGGGAAAAAUGUCCACACAGGCCCAGUACCAUCUCAACAAAAUCCAUUGUGGAAAACACAUCAGAAUAGUAGUGCUAAAUGUAGAAACCCAUAGAUCAAAGGGAAAAUUUUGGAAGAAAAAUAAAACAUGUAAGUGGGAACUACAAUCAAAAUUUACCAAGACACAUCAGCAGCCCCUGUAAAAGACUGGAAAGAUACCUACUGAGAGGAGAGGGCAGAGGGCGGGCAAGCAGGAGAAAAAUGGAUGAGACACCAUGGAGCAAUACUAACAUAGGGAGAGAAGGAAGACAAAAAGGAAAAACAUCAAGACAAAAGGGAAGGAGGCAAAGGAGAGAGAAAAGAGCUUACAUUCAAAAGAUUGAGUAUAUUAUUUAAAAAUUAUGUUUUAAUCUUGAAUUUAGUACUUUCCAAAUACAUGUAGAGAAUUCAACAUUCAAUUUUGUCAAAA